CUUCGCUCACGGUUCAUAGCCAGUUCACAUCCGUUGGCAUGGCAUGUCCAAUAGGCGUACAUCCUUUCAGCCCUCAGUGCCAUUGACAGAAAAUUUCUCGCACAUCGUAUGAGAAUUCUAUUGAUGAUAACAUAUCCAAUCUCAUGUUCCUGUGUCCGUGAGCUUGGAACUUCCCGCUGCUCAGCCCAGCCGCGCCCCUUCUUUCCUGCCAUAAAUUCUUCAAGAACUGAGUCUUUGGCGGUGUCAGAAUUGAUCAUUCACCACCAUGUAUAGCAGGGAACCUUUUGACUACGCCAGCUUGAAUGCGCCACUAUGGCCACACCGUCUCUCCGCAUCAUUCUCAGCGAUGGCUGACCAGAUAGCAGCUGCGUCACAAGCACUCGCACUUGUUCCUUCCACGGCAUUCAGCGGCAAUGACAUGUCAGCUGAGUUUGCGGUUCUCAAGUCGAAACUCGCAUCGAUUGAGAGCACACAAGAUCGCCUCGCAGCUGAGUUUGCUGCUUUGCAACAGCAGUUUACGGAGCUGAACACGGAUAAGGGACCUGCGUUCGAAGAGUUGGAUAAGAAGAUCGAGGCACUCAAGAAGAUUGUGGAAAUUGACCAACAGCGACUUCCUGCGCGUUUGAACAACGCUCGGUCAACAGCUUUGAAGACGCUACUCAAGGCGCCCGUUGGAGCCGAUGGCAAGCCACCGCCGAACUUCCCUGCCACUAGGGGAGAAUUCGAGCAUAUCACAAAGGAGCGCUACGAGGCUAUUCUCAAGGCUUAUGGUCUGCCCAUCAAAGGAGACACUGAUGCCAAGCGAGAAGCUGUUCGUGCAUUUGUCGGCAUCCCUCAAGAUGGGCUCUAAGCAUGCAGGAGGAAGGAUGAGGACCAUAUGGCCCAUAGCUCUGGUCCAUCAAAUAAGGAAAUGUUGGAAGAACUCGGCUUGCCGGACGAGCUUUGGUCAUUUUGGAGGUUAUUGGAGAUUGACCGACCCAAGAAUCUACGCAACAACAGGAUCAGAUCGCGUAGUUAUAAGUAAAGCUAUAUCAGAGCAUACAUCAGUAGACUAAAAUCAAUAGACUAAAUUACUUGUGGAACUUAUCUUUCCUUGUUGUUCGUCCGAGUAAGCGGC